AUGGACCCCGCCGCGCUGAGCGCUGCCGCCGCCGGCGCGCUUCCUCCCUCUGUCGCGUCCGCCGCGGCCCCACCACCCUCGUCCGACUACCCUGCCGUCGACCCGUCCCUCGCCGCACCCGUCGCGCCCCUCGCUCAGCCUGCCGCCCCGGCGGCCUGGGACAUCCCGAUCGUCCCCGCCGUCCAGGAGGAGCCGGUCGCCGCCGUCGAGGUCGAGGCGCACCCGGUGCACAACGGCCAGGCCGCUGUCGCGCAGGACGACGGCGACGACGACAUGGUCAUGAGCGAGGCGUCGGGCUCGGGCACGGGCGUCGCGGUCGAGCAGCAGGAGCAGGACGAGGCGGACGAGGACGAGGAGGACGAUGCGCCGUACGACGGUGCGGCGACCAACGACGACGACGACGACGCCUCGGUGGCGGCGAGCGACUCGUCCGACGGCGUCGUCGCUCCCGGCCACGCGUCGAGGGCGGCCAAGGGCAAGGGCAAGGAGACGGCGCGCGGCGGCGGCGGAGGAGGCGGCGGUCGUGGGAGGAGGCUCGACCUGCCGGACCAGUUCGACCCGAGCCUGUACGGGCUAAGGAGAUCGGACGACGGCGACGACGACGAGGACGACGCCGACGAGUCGUCGACCGACGAGGACGGCGACUACAUCCAGAACAUGAAGACGCACCCGAAGAAGCGCGCUCGCGGCGCCGCCAAGCGCACGGCGCGCGACUUUGAGCUGCCGCGCGUCUCGAGCCGCAACGGCAAGGCGCUCCCCAACUACGACGAGUCGGGCAUGUUCGACGGCAUCAGCGACAGCGACGACGAGGGCUGGGAGUACGACGCGUCGGCGGUCGAGCAGGACUGCAGGCGACGGGCAUCGACGGGCGUGUUUGCCCACAAGCGCGACGACGCCAAGCUCGACGAACCCGAGGACGACCCCAAGCGCAACAUGCGCUUCCUCAUCAAGUGGCAGGGCUACAGCCACAUCCACGACACGUGGGAGACGUACCAGCACUUGCGCGGCUUCAAGGGCUUCAAGCGCGUCGAGAACUACAUCAAGGGCGUCUACUACGCGGGCAUCGAGCUCAUGAACAACCCGGACCUGAGCCGCGAGGACCUCGAGGCCGUGCACCUCGACCGCGAGCGCAAGGCCGAGGAGCUCGAGCACUACAAGAUCGUCGAGCGCAUUAUCGCACAGCGCGACGCGCCUGCCAACCAGGACGUCGACCACGACCACGUCGAGUACCUGUGCAAGUGGAAGGGCCUUCAGUACAGCGACGCUACGUGGGAGAACUACGACCAGGUCCACGAGCUCGCGCCCGCCGCCAUCGACGCCUACCUGAACCGCGAGGCGAGCGCGCACCUGCCCGCCAAGAGCGCCAACUACUCGCGCACGCGCCCGCCGUUCGUCAAGCUCACGGCCGAGCCCGCCUACGUCGCGUCGUGCGGCACGCUCAAGGACUUUCAAGUGACGGGCCUCAACUGGCUCGCGUACCUGUGGAGCAAGGGCAACAACGGCAUCCUUGCCGACGAGAUGGGCCUCGGCAAGACGGUCCAGUCGUGCUCGUUCCUGUCGUACCUGUUCCACGAGCAGCAGCAAUACGGCCCGUUCCUCGUCGUCGUCCCGCUGUCGACGCUCCCGGCGUGGCAGGCCCAGCUCGCCCACUGGGCGCCCGACCUCAACUCGAUCGCGUACAUCGGGACGGGCCCGAGCCGCGAGAUGAUCCGCGACUACGAGUUCGGGACGGCCAAGAAGCCCAAGUUCAACGUGCUCCUCACGACGUACGAGUACGCGCUCAAGGACCGCAACGAGCUCGGCGCCAUCAAGUGGCAGUACCUCAUGGUCGACGAGGCCCACCGCCUCAAAAACUCCGAGUCGGCGCUGUACGAGGCGCUCAUGACGUUCCCGGCGGCGGCCAAGCUCCUCAUCACGGGCACGCCGCUCCAGAACAACGUCAAGGAGCUGCUCGCGCUCAUGCACUUCCUCCACCCGGACCGGUUCGAGCUCGCGGGCGAGUUCGACCUCAACGAUGACGAGAAGGAGGCCAAGAUCCGCGACCUGCACAGCAAGCUCGAGUCGAUCAUGCUCCGCCGGCUCAAGCGCGACGUCAUCAAGGAGCUGCCGACCAAGAGCGAGCGCAACCUCCGCAUCGAGAUGUCCAACAUGCAGACGUGGUGGUACAAGAACAUCCUGACGAGGAACUACGCCGCGCUCAACGGCGCCGACCAGAACGUGUCGCUCCUCAACAUCGCGAUGGAGCUCAAGAAGGCGUCGAACCACCCGUACCUGUUCGAGGGCGCCGAGACGCGGUCCGACUCGCGCGAGGAGACGCUCAAGGGCCUCGUCAUGAACUCGGGCAAGAUGGUCCUCCUCGACAAGCUCCUCGCUCGCCUCAAGCGCGAGGGUCACCGCGUCCUCGUCUUCAGCCAGAUGGUCCGCAUGCUCGACAUCCUCUCGGACUACUGCGCGCACCGUGGCUACCUGUACCAGCGUCUCGACGGCACGGUCCCCUCGGAGCAGCGUCGCAAGUCGAUCGAGCACUUCAACGCGCCCAACUCGCCCGACUUUGUCUUCCUCCUCUCGACGCGCGCCGGCGGCCUCGGCAUCAACCUCGAGACGGCCGACACGGUCGUCAUCUUCGACAGCGACUGGAACCCGCAAAACGACCUGCAGGCCAUGGCGCGCGCUCACCGCAUCGGCCAGAAGUCGCACGUCAACGUCUACCGCUUCGUCACCAAGGACACGGUCGAGGAGGACGUCCUCGAGCGGGCGCGCAAGAAGAUGAUCCUCGAGUACGCGAUCGUCAACCAGAUGGACACGUCGGGCAAGAACAUCGGGCAGGCGGCGCCGACCAAGCCCGAGAACUACACCAAGGAGGAGCUGUCGUCGAUCCUCAAGUUCGGCGCCGCCAACAUCUUCAAGUCGGACGGCGCGCAGGCCAAGCUCGACGAGCUCGACCUCGACGACGUCCUGAACCAGGCCGAGGAGUACGACACGGCGACGGCGCCGACUGGCACCUCGCUCGGCGGCGAGGAGUUCCUCAACCAGUUCGCCGUCCAGGACGUCAAGGCCGACAUGACGUCGUGGGAGGACAUCAUCCCCGCCGACGACCGCGAGCGCGCCCUGGCCAAGCUCGAGGAGGAGGCCAAGGAGGCCAAGGCCAAGGCGCAGGCCGACAGCACGCGCCGUGCGGCCGCCCAGGUUGCGCCCGGCGCCUACGGCGGCCCUGCGCCCGCCUCUCGCGAGUCGUCGCCCGAGUCGUCGCCGCAGGCGAGCAAGAAGAAGGCGUCGGCGCCGCGCAAGACCGACACGCAGCGCUCGAUGGACCUCAAGGACCGCGACAUCCGCACGCUCGUCCGCGGCCUGCAGCGCUUCGGCGACAUCCGCCACCGCUACGACGCCAUCGUCAAGGACGCUCGCCUCGAGGGCAAGAACCGCGGCGUCGUCAUGUCGCUCGUCGACGACCUUCUCAAGCUGUGCCGCGCCGAGAUCCAGAAGAAGCAGGACGACCUCGACAGCAAGCGCGCUGCCGGCGAGGAGGUGACGACCAAGAUGAAGAACCAGGCCGUCCUCGUCACGUUCCGCGGCGUCAGCAACCUCAACGCCGACACGAUCAUCCAGCGCGCCGACGAGCUCAAGCUCGUCCACUCGUACCUGAGCAAGGCGUCGGACCCGGUCAAGUGGGCCUUCCCGGCCGACGGCGUCAAGUCGACCCAGGCGUGGGCGUGCGACUGGUCGAUCAGCGACGACGCCAAGCUCCUCGUCGGCGUGUGGAAGUACGGCCACGGCUGCUGGGAGCAGAUCCGCGACGACCCGUCGCUCGGCUUCAAGGACAAGUUCUUCCUCGAGGACGCGAAACUGCCCAAGACCGAGAACCAGAAGCCGCGCCUGCCCAACGCCAUCCACCUCGUCCGCCGUGCCGACUACCUGUGCCACGAGCUGCGCACGCACGACGCCGCGACGCGCGGCGACGGCCCGCAGGCGAGCGGCAGCAAGACGCACAUGCCUCGCGCCGGCAGCCACGUCCCUCGGCCCAAGCCGUCCAAGGAGCGCUCGGUCGACUCGCUGUCGGUCGCCGCCUCGACGUCGUCCAAGUCGAAGCCGUCCAAGCUGUCCAAGGACGGCAAAGGGUCGACCAAGGCGUCCAAGCCGACGUCGUCGUCGUCCAAGCCGGCCGACAAGAAGGUCAAGAAGCGCAAGGCGACGCCCGAGUACUCCGACUCGGACGAGAGCGCGAGCGAGUACAGCAGCAUGGACGAGGAGGACUGCAAGGACGCCAUGCGUCCCGUCAAGCACGAGCUCAAGCGGUUCAAGAAGGCCAAGGACAUCUCGGAUCGCGAGGAGAAGGUGACGCAGCUCAAGCAGUCGCUCGGCGCCAUCGGGCAGCGCAUCGAGGUCGUGUCCAACUUUGGCGCGACGGCCGCCGACCAGGCCAAGAAGCGCAAGCACCUCUAUGUGCGUCCCCUCGUCGCCUCCCUACCCGCGCGACCUUUCCUGACCCUCUUUCCCCUUCUCUCGCGCAGGUACGAGAAGCUCGCCCUCCAGUCGACCGACUCGCCGAUGGCGUCGCCCGCCCUCGCCGCCACCAAGCCGACACCGCGCGAGUCUGAGCCGCCCGCCAAGAAGCCGAGGACGACGAGCGACAGCAGCCUGCCCUCGUUCAGCCGCCUCCCCUCGUCGCGCCCGAGUGCCCCGUCGGGCUCGCCCGCCUACCCGCCUCCGUCGCAGGCCCCUGUCGGCGCGGCGUACACGCACUCGCACUCGCCGGCGAGCCACGUCAACGGGCACGCCUCGUCGCAGCCGUCGCACCAGCCGCAGCAGUACCCCGCGAGCUACAACGGUCGCUCCUGA